AUGAUAAGUACUGAGUUAAUCUUUUUAGUUUUUGAAAUGCCUGACAAACCUCCUAAGGAUAUCCCACCAAAACCAUUUCCCCACGAUGUUAACGUGAUUGCUGUUGAAACUCUCAAGCCAGACACGCCUGGAGAGGUGGUAUCACGUGAAUGUACUCCAGGAAGUAUGACCCAUGGUCACAAGGCAUAUUCUCCUAGAACCGAACAUGAAAACAGCAUGAUUGUGUUGUCACGUCAAAUGCAAAUGAUGCAAAUUGCAAUGCAAGAACAGCGUAAUAAAAUUGCUGAUCAAGAUAUUUUGUUAAGUAAACUUCAACUGCAAUAUGAAAACAAACAAGAUUCUGGAUCAAAGCACAAGUUCACGAGCGAAAAAUCGCCAAUUCCAGUAGUCGAGGAAGUUAUGAAGGGUGACCGUGUAACCGAUUUCGCAGAAAGCAAUACCAAAGGGGCGAUUGACCCACAAUCCCAAACUAUUGGUAAACUCUCUGGUCAAGAAAUGUUUGAUCAAUUAAAUUAUAAUGAGAAGAAGGAGGCAGAAUUAUUGGCUAGACCAAUUAUUGAUCAAUCUAUACGUUCGUUUGAAUCAUUCCCACGUUAUCUGUCAGAUUAUAGUAUUAAGAAAAAGUACAUUGAAUACUUUGAAGAUUUUGAAGCUACAAAUAAUGGGUUCUCCUUAUUAUUAAGAUCUGACGAGAUGAAAUUUGAUUAUAAUAGAAUAAGCAAUGCUAAGGUCUGUUGA